GGAUUAGACUUGCACCAGCUGAAUAUCAUUUUGAAGGUUGAUGUUCAGGGAACUAUAGAAGCUGUAAGACAAGCCCUGCAGAUGCUCCCUCAAGAAAAUGUCACUUUGAAAUUCCUCUUGCAAGUGACUGGGGAUAUAAGCUCCAGCGAUGUUGAUCUUGCAUUUGCCAGUAAAGCCAUUGUUCUGGGAUUUAAUGUCAAAGCACCUGGUUCUGUUAAGAGCUAUGCAGACAACAAAGGUGUUGCGAUUCGGCUAUAUAGAGUUAUCUAUGACCUUAUUGAUGAUGUGCGGAAGGCUAUGGAGGGACUUUUGGAGCCUGUUGAGGAACAAGUAAAAAUUGGAGCGGCAGAAGUCCGGGCCAUAUUUAGCAGCGGUAGUGGUCGUGUUGCUGGCUGCAUGGUAUCAGAAGGAAAAGUAGUAAAAGACUGUGGAAUUCGGGUUUUAAGAAAUGGAAAAACAGUAUAUGUUGGUAUACUCAAUUCUUUGAGACGGGUUAAGGAAAUGGUGAAAGAGGAAUCAAAUCAUGCUUGGUAACUGCCACAAUAAAAUCCCAGUGAGACAAAAUAAACGAGGCUUGUGGGACCCGCAUUCAGGUGUGCGAGUCUUAUGUGAUUCAUUCUAUGUUCCUAGCAAAAUUUAUGACUGCCGUGAUGAUUGUUUAAAUGUUCAAUGCAUGGCCAUGUUGGCUUAUAUCAUAGUAUCAACUUGGUUUCAGAAGUAAAUUCUGUAAAGUGAUUAGAUACUUGGCAACUA